UAAUAAAAAUAUUUGUCAUACCUGUGUUUGUCAUAUUUGACCCAGGUGCAACAAACAUGCAUAAGAUCAAAAAGGUUAGUAAUAGUGUUUAAAAUAAGAUAAAUAUAUGAGCCACAAACAUCUGAAAGUGUAUUUAACAGAAUACACCAGAAAUAACACUGCCAUCGAACCUAUCAGACUACAGUAGGAAUCUUUGAGGACAGUGAAAAGUGUUUCUCUAGUUAUUUCUUGAGUUGGUAAUGGUGGAACCACAGGCUGGGCUACUAAUACGUUGGUGAUGGGCCGCAUGUGGCCCUCGGGCCACCAUUUGAAUAGACUGGACCUAAAUUCACCGUCCUGGUAGACGAACCGUCGUCGCCUCUGUUUGGCACUAUAUUUUCUCAGUGUAUCUCUACGCCGCGCCAGAUCAACUGAAGAAAGGAGUGCGUGAACAACAGCACCAAUCAGAGGAUUUAGUGAAAAAUGGUGCGUAUGUGUGCUUUUCCGGGUUGCGGUAACAAAAACGUGUCAUGGUCACCUUACAGGUUUCACCGUAUCCCCUUACGUGAUACUGACUGCACAAAAAUGUGGCUUGUUGUCAUGAACGUCGCCGCGGACACUCCGCGUUCCGCACUGAGACAACUCCGCGUGUGCAGCGCUCACUUCAGUGAGGAGGAUUACAGAGAACCGAGGGCCAACGAGCGAGACCGACACGUGCUGAUGACCAGUGCUGUCCCCAACAGUCGGAUGCAGGUCACCUUGUCGGACAUGCCACAAGAAACACUCAGAAGCACAGGCAAUCAAGUAAAUCCUGAGAUGUUCCCUCGAACCACAGAGAAACAAACUGCACAGUACAUUGUUGACGAGGAGGCCAUCCUGCAGCUGAUGAGAAACUGCCCAGCGUGCGACAGGAAGUGCCGCUGCCGCAAAUUCAAUCGCCGUCCUUAUUUCGCCGUCUACCAGAGCUGUUAUUACUGUGAUUAUCAGCGCAAGUGGGUCAACCAGCCUGAAGCUAAAGACACAAAAUUUCAGAGGGCACCAAAGAGGAAACGUCGGCCAAAGAACAAGGUGCCUUUAGAGGACGAUGCUCAGUCGUCACAGCCCGAUAAGUGUGUGAAACCCACGGCCCACUGGUGAACCAGGGAACAGUCUUGGCUCAGUCCUGGAUGCCAUUAACACACAUUUGUAGUUGAAAUUUUUGUAUUGAAACAAGUUUCACAUUUAUGUGUUACUUUUUGAGGACAAAAAUUAUGAAGAUUUGCUGCAGUCUGAUUGGUAGCAUUGCAUCACUCACUAGUGGUGAGACAUGCCAUUAUGUUGUUUGUUGUCCCAAAAUAUAGAGGGAAAAUGUUUUGUGUAUUUACCCAAAGUUUUGUUGGGUAAAUAUACAUGACUUACUU